GCUGCUCUCACUCGCACACACGCACACUCUCUCUCUACCUCCUUCCCCUCAUGAAAGUUAAAGAAGAAAAACCCAUUUCAUCCACAAUAUCUAAUGAGUAAUUGGAGAUGAGAUUUCAGAUGCAGAGAAACUUUUAAGAUCCUUACUUCCUUAUACAAGUUUUUUAUAAUUUAUGGCCCCCAAUCUUCUUUGUGCAGAAGAGAGCAUUAUCUGCUUUAAUGAUGAUGUUGUUGAUGAUAUUAACAUAAACAAUGAUUAUGAGCUUGGGGAAGCUCUUUCUGAACAACUAGAACAUCAAACCCAUAAUCAAAAUCUUAACUUUUUACAUGGGGAUGGGUUUUCCGUUGAGUAUCAGAGUGAAGCGGAUUUAGUUUUGAUGUUUCAGAGAGAACCUUUUCAUCUGCCAAGAGAUGAUUACUUUAAGAGAUUGCAGAAUGGAGAGGUGGAUUUAAAGAUCAGAAGUGAUACUAUUGAUUGGAUUGGGAAGGUUCAUGGGUAUCACAAUUUUGGACCUUUGAGUGCGUAUUUAUCGGUAAAUUACUUGGAUAGGUUCCUUUCGGCGUAUGAGCUUCCUAGGGAUAAGUCAUGGAUGAUGCAGUUGUUAGCUGUGGCUUGUUUGUCCAUAGCAGCUAAAAUGGAGGAGACGGAAUUGAUAUUAUCUUUAGAUUUGCAGGUUUGCGAACCCGAAUUCAUUUUUGAAGCUAAAACUAUUCAAAGAAUGGAACUUCUAGUGCUAAGUACAUUGAAUUGGAGAAUGCAAUCAGUGACCCCUUUCACAUUCAUAGACUACUUCCUCACAAAGAUUAAUGGUGGUCAACCUUCAAGAUUUUUAAUCUCUCAAUCAUUUGCACUUAUUUUAAGCACACUUAGAGGGAUCAACUUCUUCGAAUUCAAGCCUUCUGAAUUAGCUGCAGCAGUGGCGAUAUAUGUAUCAUUGGGCGGGAUUGAGGCAAUGCAGCUUGAGAGGUCUGCAUUUGGUUUCAUCCAACAUAUAAAUAAGGAGAAAUUGUUGAAGUGCCUUGGUAUGAUCCAAGGGGUGUCACUCGUAAAUGAGUCUUUUAAGAUUGAAGGUAUCUCAGGCUCAUCUGUACCCCAAAGUCCUAAUGGGGUAUUAGAUAUUACAUCCUUGAGCUAUAAAAGUGAUGAUUCGAUCGAAGGUUCAAGUGCAAAUUUCAUUCAAACCAGUCAAGAUUCUUCAAAGAGGAGGAGACUGAAAUGAGGUGAGAAGGCAGAGGAGGAGAAGAGUUCACUUCUCACAAAUAUAUCAACAUAUUCAAUUUGAUAAGCAACACAAGUUUUGGCAAUUGAUGUAAGAGGAAGAAAGGUAAGUAAUUUUUGCAAACAAUAACUGUUGAGUUACGAAGGAAAUGAACAGUUCUUUUCGAUGCAUAUUUACUUAUUUAGGAAGUUUAUAAUGAAAACAACAUAGAGUACUACAUGUUUUUGUCAAAUCAUAAGAGCUGUUUUUAUACAGACAUGGUGGGAGGAAUAAUUGACAUCCCCCUAAAGUAUCUGAUUAGGAGAAUAAACACACUAAUGUUGCUUUUGUCUCCCAAAAAUGGAAUAAUAAGCAAUUGAAAAAAAAUAUACAAAAUUGAA